GUUGGAGUUGCUGGAGACGACGCCCCGCCACUCUCGAAAUGUGGAAAGGACAAAAACGUGGCGGGCGCAUGUGGCCAUGUUCUAGCGGGAAGUUCAUUCUCAUUGUGAACAUUUCGAGAACGGUGUGGCGAUGGCCUUAGCGGUUCGUCUCCGCCACGUGUUGGCCCUUCUUCGUGUCGUCCUGGCGCGUUCUUCUUCUUCUUCGUGGUUGGCGCACACCUCUCCUUCUUUUGCGCACACUCAGUUCAGGUAGCUAUGGUGGCCGCAUGGUCCAGAUUCAACGAAUGACGACGACGAGUCCGUAGGCCAGGUAGAAACGACGGUCGCCAUAGCCGAGCGGUGAUCGGCCGGGUAGAAACAACGAGGGCUUCCCAGGUAGAAACGUAUAACCCGCUUCUUAUUUAUUCGUCAGUCAAAGCCUGUCGCUAAUUAGUCAAUCAACCAAUCAAGUAGAGAACCAUCGAUCGGAGAGAAACCCUUCUUACUGCGAGCGAUGCAAUUCAUCCAUCCAGGACAGCGGUUACUCAAUCAGGACAGCAGUUAAUCGAUUGAUCAAUCAAUCAAUCAAUCAACCAAUUAACCAAUCAACCAAUCAAUCAAUCGAUCGAUCAUCCCAUCAAUCAAUCAAUCAAGCAAUCACUUAUUACUGGUGUCAAUCGAGGGAGAUGGGGGAAGCCACUGAGCAAGAUGCAAAGAGGAGAAAAGAGGAUGGCGGUGCGACUGCGACGCCAGCAACGGGCGUUGAUUUCUCGAAGAAGGCGAAAGGGGACGAUCGAGAAGCUCAGGGGCGCCAUAGCCAUUUUUGGACAGAUUUCGUGCAAGUUUUCCGGCUGGCGGUCUGCGUGGCGGGCAUUUACGUUUCCUACCUCACUCAGGGUGUUCUUCAGGAGAACUUGUCUACAAAGCGGUUUGAGCCUGAUGGUCGGCGGUUUGAGUACCUGGCAUUUCUGAAUUUGGCCCAGAGCAUUAUCUGUUUCGCAUGGUCACUGAUCAUUUUCUUGUUUAUCCGACGAUCAUGUGGCAAGCAGCCCCCAAUCUAUGCAUACUGGAGCGCCAGUGUAAGCAAUGCUGUUGGGCCAGCAUGUGGCGUCAUUGCAUUGAAGUACAUUAGCUAUCCUGCCCAGGUGCUUGCAAAAUCGUCAAAAAUGAUUCCUGUGAUGAUCAUUGGUGCCCUUAUUUAUGGAGUGAAGUACAGAAUAUCUGAGUACAUAUGCACGCUUCUGGUGGCGGGAGGCGUUUCAGUGUUUGCUUUGUACAAGGGCUCUGCCAAAGCUCUGAGCAAGCUGGCCAAGCCAAAUGCUCCUUUGGGUUAUGCGCUUUGCUUUCUAAACCUUGCUCUUGACGGCUUCACAAAUGCUACCCAAGAUUCAAUUAAAAAGAGGUACCCGAAGAUGAAUGCAUACCACCUGAUGGUAGGAAUGAACCUUUGGGGUUCCCUCUAUUUGGCGAUCUACAUGUUUCUGGUUCCUGGUGGCGGUGGCUACGAGGCGCUGGAGUUUUGCAGGACUCAUCCCGAGGCCGGGAGGGACAUCCUCUGGUUUUGCCUAUGCGGUGCAUUGGGACAGAAUUUCAUAUUCUACACGAUCAGUAAAUUCGGUGCGCUUGUCAACACGACAAUCACGACGACGCGCAAGUUUGUGAGCAUCCUGAUCUCUGCCCUUUGGAAUGGCAAUCCCCUCGCGAAUCCCCAGUGGAUGGGCGUGUCCAUGGUGUUCUCGGGACUGAGCUACCAGAUCUACUUGAAAUGGCAGCGGAAGAGAGUGAAGACCGAGUGAAUCGUGGCCGAAGCAAGUCAAAGUCAAGAUGGAGUGAGGGUGUAGAAACGAGCAGAGUGCCGCUUCAGAAGGGAAGAACCAAGUUAUCUUUUUUGGACUACCUUCCUUUGCUCGCCGAUUGCCGAUUGCGCUUUUUUUUUCUUUUUUUUUUCUUUCCCUAAGUCUGUACCUUGAGUGAGCGUGCACAUACUGAUGCAGUUCAUUUUGCGCGCCAAGACCGCUUGGCUCUCUUGCAGAUGGAAUUGUGUCGGCAGCCUGUUCCUGUGUUGGCUUCGACGGACGGCUAUCGUGAGGGUCUCGACUGCGAUAGAGAUGGCUUGUCAUUGCGAAGUGAAUCCGGGCUCAGCGAGUUUCUUCUUUUUUCAUGCGGGAAAAAAAAAAUGCACGCUAGAAGGUGCAUCGAAGAGUUGAAAAGUUUCGUCCUACUUGGCGGCAUGAUAGGGAUUCACAACAAUUCUUCUCGUCUUCCUUGGGAAGUGAUUGUUGCGAAAGGAAUAAAAGAUCUCAACUCGUGUUGCGGAUGCUGCUACGUGGAGGACGUAUGAUGCGAGCCUCAAGGCAGGUGUGUGGAUUAGCCCCCUGAUGAGACCGAUGCAGGACCGUUCAAAACGUAUAGGAGCAUAGCAAUUUAAAAUAAUAAUAAUAAUAAUUAAAAAAAAAAACACGAAAUGAUUCCGAGCUUGAUGUUAUUUUUUUAAAAUUUUGCUAUCUUCUUAUUAAAUGCGGAAUCAUCAGUUCGUUGGACUUCGUCCAGCUCGUUGUCAAACAGUGUGGUCACUGUACGCGACUUUCCUGUCUUAACCGCGUUUCCCAGGUCGUCAGUCGCAUAUAUACGUGUGCAUUUGGGGAAAGGUGAAGAGGGAUCGUGGUGGAAGGUAAACACAGAAGGGCAGUGUGUGUUUUUUGGGUGUGGCCGACAAAGAUGGACAGACUUGCGCUACCCUUGCUUGGGACAUCGACAAAGCUGCAGUUUUGCUGAACCACGGGUAGAGUUUCGUUAACAUUCAUAGAGCUGUUUAGACACAAGCCCCUUCAGGGGCUUUUACCAUACAAGAG